UGUGUGUGUACAUGUGGCUGGAGCUCAGACUGUUGAAUGAGACGGCCUUGUGUGACUUCAAGCUGUUCAUUCUCUCUCUCCACCAGAGCACAUGUUCAAUGAAAGUGUGUGUGUGCAUGUGUGAGAGCGCUGACAGCCGUCCAAGUUAACCCACGAAUAAUUCAGCAGCUAGAGCAGCGUACACACAAAAGAAAAUUCCAUAUAAUUCAUACCUUUGUUGGCUGGAGCUUCUGCUUUCAUUUUCUUCAUGGCCAUGAGUAUGUUAAGACUCUGGAGAGUUGGACUUCUCCACAUUCUGCUUUGGUUCCUAUUGAGCUUCCUGCAUACAGAUGCCCACCCGCAGUGUCUGGACUACAAGCCUCCUUUUCAACCUCACGAGCCGCUGCUCUUCUGCAAGGAGUAUGCCAAGUUUGGCUGCUGUGAUUUGGAGCAAGACAAACAGAUUUCAUACAGAUUUGACCAAAUUAUGGAUUACUUUGAUCACUCUGGGUUCAUGGCCUGUGGGAAGUUCAUCCGCAACAUCCUCUGCCAGGAAUGUUCUCCUUAUGCAGCUCAUCUGUACGAUGCUGAGGAUGCGAAUACUCCCAUGCGUGAACUCCCUGGCCUUUGCCGUGACUACUGUUCUGAUUUCUGGCAACACUGCCGUUACACACUUAGUCUGCUGACAGACAACAACAUCACUACCAUCAUUGAGGAGGAUCGUGAUAAAUUCUGUGACUUUUUGGAGCUGAAGGAUCCAGAGUAUUGCUAUCCCAACGUUCUUGCCAGCGACGAGUUAAACGCUAACCUGGGAAGCGUUCAGUCCGAUCCCAAGGGCUGCAUUCAGCUGUGCCUACAGGAAGUAGCAAAUGGCCUGCGUAAUCCAGUGGCAAUGGUGCAUGCAAAUGAUGGCACACAUCGCUUCUUCAUAGCUGAGCAGCUGGGCUACGUAUGGACUUACCUGCCAAAUGGCUCAAGGAUUGACAGGCCCUUCUUAAACCUCACCAAGGCUGUGUUGACCUCACCGUGGUCUGGGGAUGAACGUGGAUUUCUCUGUAUCGCCCUGCACCCCAGGUUCAGCUUGGUUAAGAAGGCAUAUGUCUAUUAUUCCGUGUCUGUGAACAAGCAGGAGAGGAUAAGGAUCAGCGAGUUCCUUCUGUCAAACACGGAUAUGAACAUGCUGGAUCACUCCUCUGAGAGGACCCUUUUGGAAGUUGUUGAACCGGCAUCAAACCACAAUGGAGGCCAGCUUCUGUUUGGUUUGGAUGGCUUUCUUUAUAUCUUCAUAGGAGAUGGAGGCAAAGCAGGAGACCCCUUUGGCAAAUUUGGGAAUUCCCAAAACAAAUCCACACUACUAGGCAAAGCUCUACGAAUUGAUGUGGACAACAAUGAUGAUGGUGCCCCAUACAGCAUCCCCUCUGAUAACCCUUUCCUUGGGGAGAAAGACACAAAGCCAGAGAUCUAUGCCUUUGGAGUAAGGAACAUGUGGCGCUGCUCCAUUGACAGAGGAGACCCGAUCACAGGCCAUGGACAGGGUCGCAUGUUCUGUGGAGAUGUUGGCCAGAACAAGUAUGAGGAAGUGGAUAUGAUUGAAAAAGGGGGCAACUACGGAUGGAGAGCAAAGGAAGGGUUCUCCUGUUAUGACAAGAAACUCUGUUUGAACUCUUCAUUGGAUGACAUCCUGCCAAUUUUUGCUUAUCCACAUAAACUUGGGAAGUCAGUGACUGGUGGCUACAUCUACAGGGGCUGUGAGAUGCCAAAUCUUAAUGGUCUUUACAUCUUUGGGGAUUUCAUGAGCGGACGACUCAUGUCUCUUAAGGAGAACACAAAUACUGGAGAAUGGGAAUACACAGAAAUAUGCAUGGGCAGGGACAAGACAUGCCGCUUUCCAAAACUGAUCAACAGCUACUACAAGUACAUCAUUUCCUUUGGUGAAGAUGAGGCAGGUGAGCUGUACUUCCUAGCCACAGGAACACCGAGUGCAGCUUCCAGAGGGGGAGUUGUGUACAAGAUAGUGGAUCCAUCCAGGAGAGCACCUCCAGGCAAGUGCAGCAUCAAACCCAGUCCUGUUCAGAUAAAGGGAAAACUGCUUCACUUUCAUCCUAAAGAGGAGUUUGUGAUCAACAAAAAACCUACAACCACUGCUUCCCCUAAGACAAAAGCAACUACUAUACCUAGCACAACUAUGGCUCAGGCCACAACAAGAAAACCUACCACUGCAUCUCCAAGGAUCUUUACCCAAAAGCCAAAAAUCAGUACACCAACUCUGAAACCAAGAACACCUACUAAAAAACAACUGACUCCUGCUCCAAAGCCAACUUUCACACCAGUAAGGACAAAUCCUAGUGUUUUCAGGAGAAAUCAGUCACCAAUGGGGACUGUGCAUCCACUCCAUAGCCAGAGCACGACAAUAAGACCACAGUACAUCACCACUUUGAAAGUGAAAUCAGAAACGACACCUCGAAGGACUCCUCCACCAACCACAUUACGUCCAUACACCAAGCAACCACACACUUCCAGCAACACUCAUCCAUACUGGACUGCCUCUAUAACCACCACCAACACUAGGCCUGCUCCUUCAGACUCCAUGAAGACAUCCCAACCUACAGACAGGCCUCACAAAAGUGGCAGAGGGAAAGGUCGAAAACACGGGCAGAGAAGAGGUAAAGGGGCUCGCAGAAGGCAUCGCAGAAAGCUAGUGAGGCUUGUCGGUCCUGAUCCGAACCUGUCAGAUCGUGGACGAGUGGAGAUCUUUGUGAGGGGUGAGUGGAGUACAGUAUGUGAUGACCUGUUUGACAAAAAGGCAGCAACAGUGGUGUGCAAGCAGCUGGGCUUUGCUAGAGCACUGAGGCUGGCGAAACCUAGCGAAAUGGGACGUAUUGCCACUAACCUCCGAAUCCUGCUGGAUGAUGUAGAGUGCGAGGGAACAGAGAAGACACUGCUGCAAUGCAAACACGCUUUGGUCGGCCAGCACAACUGCUCACAUGCUGAGGAUGUAGGGGUGGUGUGUGGCUCAGAAGAGGAGCAUGCUGUCAAGUGAUGACCAUUUCCCAGUCUACUCUUAAAUGACUAAAAACCUUGGUCUUGCUCUUGAUUUGCUUGUUUGUAAAAUGGUGAUGAAAUCCCUCAGCACCAUCAGUCUUAGUCUAAUUUGUAAUACUUGCAGAUCAUUACUUUUUAAAUUAAUAUUUACAGAUAGUGCUAAUGUUAAAUAAGUAUAAUACUGUUGUUAAGUCAAAGAGAGGUGUUGAUCAUCUCAGACUAAGACAAGGCUAUGUAAUAGGCUAGGAUAGGUAAUGUGCUGUCCUUUUUAAGGCUCUUAACCCUCAAUUGCUCAGUUGUAUUAAAUGAGAAAAAAAUGUAAGUUGCUCUAGAUUAGGGCAUCUGCCAAAUGCCAUAAAUGUAAAUGUAAAUGUAGUAAGAGUCAUGCAAAUUAUUUAGAAAAGAAUGCAAGAAGGGAAACGCUUCUUAGCCCUUUAUUUAAAAAAUGUUAAUCACACACACACACACACACACACACACACACACACACACACACACACACACGCACACUCUCUCUCACACACACACACACACACACACACACACUCAGAUCCCAGUCAUGCUCCAAAAACUACUAGUAAGUUUUCUAGAAGCGUGAAGGGACUAAAUCUGGAAUGAGAUACACAGCAAGCACAUACAGUAAGUGACAGCUGUGCACAGCCUUCUAGGCCAUAUAGAAUUGCAAGUACUAUGUAUAACGCUGCCAUCUUCUGUUCCUGACUACACUACCCUACCCACACAGGCAAGACGAGCUGCAUGUCAAAUAACUUGCUUUUUAACUCCACCAUACCUAGUUUGUAUGCUUAUGUUCAACCAUUCUUAAUUGUAAUGCUUUUGGUCAGUAAUGAGUUGGCCAAUGUUUACUAUCUAUUAUAUUUGGAUGUUUAGAUUAAAAAAUCUGGUUUUAUAUCAACUGAAUAAUAUGAGACUAAAAUGCUGGACAUUCAUUGUUAUUUUGAAGGAAAAAGAAUAUAUAAAUAAAGAAAAUAACUUAA